GUCGCGUGGAAUCGAAUGGCUCAAUGAGUACGGCAGACAUGGCCUGCCCUGACCGGAGUCGAUAUAUGUUCGUCGAGUACAAAGAGCCAGCGAUACCUGCACAAGGUCAAAAGAGACGAAGGGGCGGCCCAAGUGAAGUUCGAGCGCACAUCACAAAAGAAUUCCAUCGCAAACUGAGAGUGAAACGUCUCGGUAGUUCAAGUCCGCAAACGACCUUGACGGACAGGUCGAAGCUCGCUAGACCUGCGGCGCGGCAUGACGACGAGAUUCAGAAAGAACCCCGGCCGCGAACAUCGACGACGCCUACGUCUCCAAAGCCCUCAGCUCGACCUCCAGAUGAGGAUGCUUCGGUGCAAGUGAACCCCUCGCCUGGACUCAAAAAUGGCUUAGGUGAGGGCAGGACGGAUCCAUUCAACGCGCUCCCACUAGAUCAAAAGUCUAUGUAUAUCCAUAUGGUUCUCGAUCAUGCGAUAGCGAUCUCGUGGCCGAACACAGUUCCUGCACGAUCGAAAGCGUCGAAUCCGGUCAAAAGCGCAUGGCUCAAAUGUGCGAUGCAAUGGCCCGUUGCUUUCCAUGCAUUUACUUAUGCGACGACGUUGCACCUGCUAUGCGUCCAUAGGGGUCGCGAACUGGUGAAGUCGGCUCCACUCAUGCGACUCCAUCACAAAGUCGAAGCUAUCAAGCUCGUCAACGAGCAACUUCGUAAUCUCACCGGCCCGCCGACAGAUGCGCUCAUCAUGUCGGUCGCAAUCCUUGCGAUCCAUGGUGCAUAUGAUGAGAUCGUUUACCCAGAGAUACAUCCAACUUCUCCACUGGCAACAGCACAAAACCUCCACGUCUACGGGAACAUGGUGAAUGAGGAGGAGCAUCUUCAAGCUAUCAUAUUGUUGAUCAUGCAAAAAGGAGGCCUGGAAUCCAUCGAACUGUUUGGCAUGGCCGACACUAUGGCACUAUGUGACCUGUACUUCUCCACAAAGUACGUUAGAAGGCCGGUCUUCUCGUUGCUGCGUUCGCCUCAGUCGCUCGUCAUGAGCGGCAAACACCAGCUUGACUCCGUCGCUAUAGAGCUGGAUUCUGAACUUGGCAGCGGUUUUAGGUAUUUUCGGGCCACCCUUGCUGGUCGCAAGUUGCUAGAAAUACUGGACUCAUGGGUUGAGGUGACCACGGCUUUGGAUCACUAUGCGAGGAAAGGACCGACAGCGCCAGAGCUUGUUGAUUUGAUCGAAGCUCGGGGUGCUUCACAGCACCGACUGCUAUCGCAGAUGCCCGACCCACUGGAAUUCACAGAUCCUGACAGUUGUGUCCACCAGGCAGCACGACUAGCUACGUUGAUUUUUGGCGACAUGGCGAUCUUUCCGCUGCCACCGACUCAAAGUGUGAAACCCAGGUUAGCCGCAAUGCUCAUGGAAGUUUUGCAAACUUGCGAUCGAUCCCGCUGUUGGGAUUUGCAUGCGCAGGUGCUGGUAUGGGCUCUCACUCUUGGUGCAAUUGCAGCAAGCUUUACGCCAACCAGGAUUUGGUACGUCGAUCGGCUCAAACAGCGAACCUCGGACAUGCAAAUUACAGAUUGGACUGCACUCGAAUCGAUCUGUUCAAGACAUUUAUGGUGGAAACCAGUCUGCAGCAAACCGGCUGAGAAACUCUGGCUUGAGAUCCGUUCUCCGAAAGUGGAAGCCCAAGAUUUAGGGUAAAAAUGGCAUUUCGUGGCGGCUUAGCAGAAGUCUUGGGCCAGACUGGCUCAGAAAGAGUGAGAAGCCAUGACUGAGAAGACCUGGAGCCGAAAAGAUGCUCUUGUCGAUCAACAUUCUCACGCUGGUAAAGCACCAGGCAUCAUUCGCAAAGGUUGCGGAGUCGUCGUCACAUCUCCGUCAUGCUCGAUGACCUGGCUGUUCGAUCGUUCACGACCUGUACGCCAUCUGAGUCCCUCGAAGAUCUUUUCCGUCUCUUCCUGUGAGGGAAAGCUGUCGUCCGACCUACGUUCUCCGCGUUCGACAAAUGAAGCAGCUCGAUGUUCGUCUUGUGUUGGUGGCCUAUCCUCAUCUUGGCCGUCCCGGACCCUUACUUUGCCCAUGCGAGGCCAGAGGCCUGGGAGGGGGACGACUUGUACGCGUGGCUCCACGACUCUCUCUUCGAACCAUGCUUGGAUCCGCGCUUCCACGAGCUGUGCAAUCUUUGGCACGUCCUGCAGCCGUGUCCGCGAGCCAAUCAAGCUCCUCACAGAGAGGUCGAGGCGGUAAUCGGGGAGGAAGGAAAAUGCCAGGUUCGUCUUGGGCUUGCCCGUCACAUGGGCCGGCCUGUUCCUCUUCAUGCUUUCAUCCUCUGCAUCAUCUUGUGUAGCGGGGAUGAAACUUAUCGACAAGGUGCCGGAGAAUCGGACGACUGAGACAGCCAGCGCGACUGGCAGGACAGCAGAAAAGGGUUUGGGAUAGUUGAGGAUGAGAGCAGUCUCGAUGGCCAGAGUCAGGUUAUCAUCGGAGAGAUCGACGUCCAUCAGAGCCUGUAGUCUUCCCCCAGUAGAGCUUGAAGCAUCGUCUUCAACUGAAAUGACUCGAACAUUGCUGAAG